ACCAGAGCCACCAAAAGGAGGCGCGCGGGACCGCUUGGGCAAACUGUCGCGUACGUGUGACGCAAUCACCCCGCGCCCGUGCAGACGAAGAAGCCAGGGAACGUGGAUCGUAGGUAGCAUGGCGACCACCGCCCAGCAGUCACCUCAGCCGGUCGGCGGAAAGCGCAAAGGCAAAUCCCAGUUCCUGCCGGCCAAGAGGGUCCGACGCGGUGACGCAGGCGGCCCGCGGCAGCUGGAGCCCGGCCUGCAGGGCAUCCUCAUCACCUGCAACAUGAACGAGCGCAAGUGCGUGGAGGAGGCCUACAGCCUGCUCAACGAGUACGGCGACGAGAUGUACGGGCCGGAAAAGUUUAUAGACAAGGACCAGCAGCCCUCUGGAAGUGAGGGAGAAGAUGAUGAUGCGGAGGCUGCCUUGAAAAAAGAAGUCGGUGACAUUAAAGCUUCUACAGAGAAGAGGCUGAGAAGAUUCCAGUCAGUGGAGAGCGGAGCAAAUAAUGUAGUCUUCAUCAGGACACUUGGGAUAGAACCUGAGAAAUUAGUGCAUCAUAUUCUCCAGGAUAUGUACAAAACCAAGAAAAAGAAGACACGGGUUAUUCUGCGAAUGUUGCCCAUCUCAGGCACAUGUAAAGCUUUUUUAGAAGAUAUGAAAAAAUAUGCAGAAACAUUUCUGGAACCCUGGUUUAAAGCCCCAAACAAAGGGACAUUUCAGAUUGUGUACAAAUCUCGAAAUAAUAGCCAUAUGAAUAGAGAAGAAGUUAUUAAAGAGUUGGCAGGAAUAGUGGGCAGCCUCAAUUCAGAAAACAAAGUGGAUCUCACUAAUCCAGAAUACACGGUGGUAGUAGAAAUCAUCAAAGCUGUGUGUUGCCUGAGUGUUGUGAAAGAUUAUGUGCUGUUCAGAAAAUACAACCUCCAAGAAGUAGUGAAGAGUGCAAAAGACUCACAGCCUCACCCAAAGCUGGGAAAUGGCAAAGAAGCAAAAUUGGAACCCGAUAGCAAGUUGAAUCAAAGUGAUCCCCCAGAAGGGGAAAAUAACCAACAAGUGGCACCAGAGAGUAGUGAGUUGCUGGGGCAGACAGAGCCAGGGUCUGAUACCCAGGCUGGGAGUGAAGGAGGAGCUAAACCUGAACCUGAAAGUCAAGUCUCAGAAGUACCCAAGACAAAUGAAAAUGAGCUCUCAUAGGUCAUUCUGUGGGGAGGUGGUCUCAGCUGGGGUUCCAUGUGGAAUUGUGAUAAUAUAUUUUGAUGUUUAUGUGCUGCUCAAAUCUGAUCUCACAACCCCUGUUGUCAGUUUCAUUAGAGCCUUUCCAGGCCUGUAUGUCAGUGUGUGCAGAACCAUGUACUGUUUCCUAGGGAAGGGUGCGAGGAGGAUGGUGUUGGCCUCUGCCUCCUCAUUACUCUCUCUAGUUUCCUCUUAAGCACUGCCAACUUGUGUGGAACUCAACAGUGUCUGAGUGGGAAAUGGCAGGACAUUCUGAGGAAGGUGUGUGCUGUGUCUCAGCUGUCUCCAUUGGACACAGAGAAAUGGCGCUGUGGAUUCUGUGGGAAUCACUUCGUGAUGCUUUCUACUUUUUGCUUUCUACUUUUUGCUUUUCUUGGGGUUUUUGUUGUUGUUGUUUGUUUUGUUUUAUGUUAAGAGUAAAUCUGAUGGCUCAUUGCUGCAGGUGUUUUAGAGAAGGUAUGAAGUAGCAGAGGACUGCUCUAGGUGAAACACAGGUGUUUCUCAUAAGGUUAGGAAUGCUGCCGGGUCACUUCCAUAUCCUAGUACAAAAACCAGGAAAGAAAGCCACUGGACCAGCUACGCAAGCUGGACUGUCAGCUUGUGGUGCUUUCAGGUGUUCCUCACAGUCAGAUUGGAAGGGUGGAAGGACCAGUGAGUGAAAACAGCUAUCCAGGUGGGGACUGUUAACAUUAGGUUGGGGGAUGGGUUUGCUUAAAUCUUAAUGCACGUUAGGAAGUAGUAUAAAUGCUAAGGUGGAUAAGUGAAGAGCUAGUGACAUGAGAAUGUAUGUUUUGUGUCACACAGCUAGAGGCUUGCUUGGUGAGCAACAGGAUAUGGGAGAAGCCAAGAAUAGGCAGUACCUUGCUAAUGCAGAUGGGGCUAGACCAUCCUCGGGAGUUUUGACACGUAAAAUUGGGUCUGAGAUCGAAACCAUCUUGAAAGGAUAGGCCUUAGUAUCACUUAAGGGGAACAGGAGGAAACGAUCUUGGUGACUUCUUGUGGUUUGCUCCAAGGUAGAAGGACUUACCUUUUGAUAGUAUAAGACAAAAGGCCUGAGGAUAAAUUACUCAUUGCUCAGACAGGAAGUUCUGGAGCUCGGCAAGUUGUACGUCAGAUUUUGAUCUAUACUUUGCUUUUGAUUGCCUUUUUAUUUAUUUUCGGUGAGUCCCAAGUGUGACUGGCUAUUUGCCAGUUGCACAGUGCUGUGUGCUCUUGGGAUUUAAAUUCAGUCUCAGAUUUUGCUCUGUCUUCAGAUUUGCCAACUUUGUCUUCACUGACUUUUCAGUGUGCUAGUUUACAGGUGAUCCCAGGGUAGGAACUUAGAGGUUGGUUUAAUUCUAUAGCAGUUAGGACAGAAGAUAAAAAAGCAGAAACCAAAUCCCUGUCCUGCUCUGCAGACAAAGGAGUUAAGCCUGCUCCUGUAGGACAUGUUCCUCCAAAGCUGAAUACAGUUUUCAGAUAUUUUUACUGCAUUUUGCUUUUGGUACAGCUGAACUUUCAGGUUUUCAAAGUUCCUGAUAUUUUAAAAAAUAAAAAUGAAUUUGUUCUGUAA